UGAUGGCCGACAGUGCACAGAGCCGCUCCGUCCCUAAGCUCUGAGAGCGGCGGUGUGAACCUCUUGCUCCACUCUGCCAAGGGUGUAAGUUCACCAUGUACAGUGUGGAGGAUCUCCUGAUCUCGCAUGGAUACAAGCCACCGAGGAACACCGCCCCCUUGUCCAGUGAGGGACGCCGUUUUGAGGUCGCAGAGAGCGGGUAUAACUCAGACAUCCAUGGGAAAGUGGACAGCCAUAGAGAGCAUACCGGCGAAUAUGGGGAGAGGAACUGGAAAAGCAAGGAAUCCAGUGAGGUGGAACUCCAGGGAGACUUCCCUUCCACCAGUGACAGGUCUUGUGACGGUAAGCUUGGAAUGACCUGCCAGCCAAAACCCAAAAGAGACUUGAACUACUGGAGAAGAAGGGGCCAGGAUUUCAGCGUCCUGUUGAACUAUGCCGAUGUGCGGGGGCCUCAGGGGGCAGAGUACAGGGUUCAGUCACAGGGCUGGGAUGAGGCAGGGUGGCCCAGGACGAAGGUGGCGGAGGGACAGGAGCCACGGAGGACAGUGGCGGACAGGAAGUGGCAGAGCUUGGGGACAGAAGAAUGGAGACCAGCGGUAGGCCUGGGGCAGCAGCUGCUUGAUGGAGAAAGCGAGAGGUGGGCUCGAGAGCAGCACUACACCAAGGCUGAAGAGAGUUCCAUCCACUCCAGAAGCAAAGGGAAAUCCCAAUCUCUCCCCAGGGAGCUUUUAUCAGAGAGCCUUCAGGCCAUGCCCAUCGUAGGCAGCCAGCACAUCGAUGCUACCACCUUCCUCGGACCUUACAGUAAACACAACAGAUGUACGAGCAGCGAAGGCUUGCUAGCAGAAAGGUAUCGGCCAGCUGUCCACGCUUCCCUCUUGCCCCGGUUCGGCCGACCGGUCAAGCCACCUUCCUACGACGCCCACCAGCAGACGCGGAACAGCUCCGAAAUGCUCGCCGGAGACCAAGGGCCCAGGUGCAGAUCCAGGGACAAGUUGAGCGGUUGGUCGAAGACUGGCGAGAUGAGGCAGGAUAGCUUAACACACCAGCCUGCAGGCUCUGGAUUAGGGCCUCCAGGCUAUAUACCUCCACCUUCCUACAAGAGGCCAUUGAAUCAGAAGAGGGAUCAAAAAAACUACAAUGAAGUUUCCCACUUCCGCUUGAAGGAGGAUUUGCAGCCAGGCACAUGGGAGGCAUUGAAGUGGUACUCUAGGCCGAGGGGAGGUUCUUGGAUAGACUACCAGGGAAACAGUGUUCCUUGCCAAAGAAUGACUAACCCAGAGUACUUGUAUCAGCAUCCAGGAUGCGUGCAGUACUUGCCGUUCAAUGACCCACGUUUGCGACACAUCUCAGGUGGACAGUGCGGGAACUCUCUGACCGACUCAGACAAGAUCAGAAACAUCCACAGAGAGAUUCCCAAUGCUAAAGUGUUAGAACAGUCUUCUCAUGAUAGUGCCUUUCUACCCAACGAGGGGCCCAACACAGAUGUUAGCAAAAUAUCAGUUAAUGAGAAUGACAGCAGCAGUGGGUGGUAUGGUGGCUUGCACAGUGGGAAUGAUAAUCCCAUCACAUUUGACCAAAACUGUAACGAGUAUCGCACAGAAGUAGAGACAGCAAAAUUCGGGCAGAAUGGAAGUGCAGACCAAGAGUUCUCUGAUUCGACAACACCGCUGAAGAACAUUUCACCAGAUGCAUUGGAGACCACAAAACCAGUGAAACGGAAAUCCGAGACCAUAUUCUGCCUGGUUUCAGUUCCUGUUCAUUUGCAGUCUAAUAGGAAAAAUUCUGAUCAGAAUAACAACGAAACUCUGCCAGAGGCAGCAGAACAAAGUGCUCCCAGCACUGAAAGCAUGGACCAUUUGCAAAACCAAAGUCUCCAAAUUACAUGCUCAACAAGUCUGGAGCUGCCACCACCUUUAAAUGGUGUGACAAAUAGGAUAUCUAUAGGGAAGUCCAGUCUGAAAGAGUCCGUGCUAACUCAGUCUCUCCAGCCCAGCAAACACAUUGGCCUGCGAUACUCCAGCUCCUGGCCUGGAGAUCAGUACAGAGACCAGGAGACACAGACCUCCUCCUCAGAGGCCCCUGAGGGUUCUUCUCACAGCUGCUUGAGUUUGCAAGCACAAGACCAGGGCCAGCCUGUCUCUGACACCAAUGUGGAAGGCAGCCUUAGGACAGACUGUAGCAGCAUGUACAGUUUUCAUGCCAUGAAGGGCCAGAAGACCCUGCAGCCCUCUAGUAACAGUGCUUUUUCCAAGACCUCAACAUACUCAGAUUGGCUUAACAGGAGCACAGUUCCAAUGGGACGUCCGACUAGGAAGCAGAAAGAGAGAGACAGCCUCUUGGUGCGAAAUAUAGAGGCUGUGCCUGCUCUAUGCAAUGGUGAAGAAGCCUUCGGUCAGUUCAUGCUGAAGCCAGUUGGCCGACGCCCAUGGGAUGCAAUUGAGGAACUUGAAUCAUUCAACAAGGAGCUUCAGGACCAGUUCAGCCAAGAAGCCAGCGUUGACAAGUGCAUCGAGGACAUCGACGCGGCAUGCAGAGACCUUUUGGAGUGCAGGACCAUCAGCAGUAACACUGGAUACAACAAAAUGCCGGUCCGCAAGCUAGCAAAGGAAAUCAGGAACUUAUCUGGGGAAUCUCACAAGAAAGCUACAUCCGCAUUCCGCAGCAAGACUGCGGUUGGCGAUCCACAAUACAGGGAGGGGAAGAGUGCGUUUUCCAGACCUGUGGCUAAGGCAGUGAGCUUUAGCGACCAUUUGCAGAAUGAUGUUCUUAUCCAGUCAGAAGGUAGCUCUGAAAACUAUAGAACUCCUGGUCAGAUGAUAAAAAAGACUGAACCCAAAUGGGUUUCUAAACCAAGUGUCCCCGUGUCUCUAAAUAAAGAUGUCGGUUUUACCGAACUGCCUUCCAGUAAUGCGCAGUGGGCCGCAAAGGAACCAGUGCACGAUGUCUCUACAUUGUCACACCCUCCUGAGUUUGAGGAUAUUUGUUAUUCCUUACAGUUGACACACGAAUCUGAAACCUGGACCCCCACGAAUCCAGUGAAAUCAAGACCUCUAGACAUGGAUGUAAUAUCUCAGGAUCCGUGCAAGGCCUUUAGUUCUGAUUCCAAACAGGAGAGCUGGUUUCCUACAACAGAGACAGAAGAAACAGGAAAGAACCGUAUUCCCCGAUUCAGCGGUGUGAGGAGUGUGAAUGUGCCAAAAAGUCACAGGCUUCGUGGCCAUGGGGGUCCCAUCUGGAUUGUGAGUAACAGGCUAACCGAAGAAAAGAAUUCAGAAGGAGGAAAUGUUACGACUAGUGACUGGAGGAGUCAACUGUCAUUAUCGGAGGAGCACCUGGAGAGUCUCCAUAUCAAAGCGAAAACAAAUAGCAUGCCGGAGGAUCUGAGCACUCUGUAUGAAGUAAAAUGUGCUAAGGGCAUUCCAGAGAAUGAACCGAUAGAGCAGAGGGCGGCUCGGAUAUUGGGAAUAGAAGUGCCUGCGGAGUCUUUAUUUGUGGUGGACCAGAAAGGAGAGAGAGAGCUGAUCAAACGUUUAGGGAAGGGUGCGGCUUUCCCCAGCCAAGAAGUCCCGGAGACAAGUGGUAAUGAAAACCAGAACUUGAUCACACAAAGUAAAGAGGUUAAAGAUACACUGGCUAAUGAAGAGGAGCUGGAUGUGGAGCUGACCGUCCCCACCGGUGAAGACGGCCUAGUUACACUGACAGAUGGAGAUAGCUCGGGGAACUGCCGGGAUCUCGAUCCAGCACUUCCAGAUGAGCUCCUGGGGGAUGAAAUUAAAAUGUGCGUGGCUAUCAGUGAUGACAACGAGCCUCAGAGGGAUGGCGACAUCUCCCGGAACCACAGUGGCCUCUCCAUGACACCAGAGAUGUUACAGGUUUCGAACAGCACAUUAUCCUGCCAAACAGACACAGAGACCCCUGAGAGGGACAGGGAACCCCAUCAAGCCCAGUCAAGACACCUCAUUUUAAGGAGCUCUGAAGAUGACGUGGCAGAUGGGACCAAGAUGGAAGAGCAGCUGGUGUCGGAGGACUUCUCCCGGACUCGUCGACCGUCCCGUGGGGGCACGGUCACCAAGCGAGAGAUCACACUGGACCUCUGUUACCCUCCUGACAGUGCACUGAUGCAAGACAUGGAAAUGCCAUCCUUCUCAGACCCGUAUGACCCCAGCCACGUGGAGAGAGUUUAGCCCCAAAACGCCACCUCACCCGGAGAUGGAGUUCCCGCACUGUGACGCUUCUUCCUCCCCACAAGAACCAC